AUGUUUGGAAAAUCUAGAAUUGAUUUGCAGCUUGAUGAACAAAGACGUUCAGAUGUAAUACGCCAUAAUGAAUUGGGAAAUUUCCUCGGUUGUUUAAAUGUAUUAUCAUCUUAUGAUUCUAUUUUAAACGUGCAUUUAGAAACAUCAAAAAUAUUCCGUGGUACAUCCAAUAGAAUUCAAAAUGAUCUUAUUUGCUCAGUUAGCAACAUCAUAUCAACGUCCAUUGAAUCAGAAAUAAAAAAUACUAAUUUUGUUGCAUUAUUAUUAGAUGAAACUUCAGACAUAACAAAUCUGUCUCAAUUAUUAACAACUUUAAGGUAUGUUCAUCAUGAAACCGGGGAAGCACAUGAACGUUUUAUCUCAUUUGUCGAUGUUAGUGCUGAUAGAUCAGCAGAUGGUUUAUUGAAACACGUAAUUGAUAUAGUUAAUAGGUAUGAAUUAAAACAUAAAUUAGUAGCUCAAACUUAUGACGGAGCGGCCGUUAUGAGUGGUCAUGUUGGAGGACUACAAGUUAAAGUAAAGGAGCUCUACCCAAAAGCAUUAUUUGUCCAUUGUUUUAUUUAG